AUGGCCGCCGCCAACGCAGCCCGCGACGGGCAGACGGCCCUCGCGCUCCGCCUCACCAAGCACCUCGCCCCCGCGGACGCCGCCGGCAAGAACGUCGCCUUCUCGCCCGUCUCCAAGUAUGGACCGGCCCUGGUCUCCGUCCACGCUGGCCUGGCGCUGGUGGCCGCAGGCGCGGGCGGCGCCACGCAGGCCCAGCUGCUCAGCUUCCUCGGCGCCCCGACGGCGGACGGCCUCGCUGCCUUCGGUCGCCACGUCUCCGAGCGCGUCCUGGCCGAUCGUGCGGACUCCGGUGGACCCCGCGUGCUCUUCGGCGGCGGCGUCUGGAUCGACCAAUCGCGCGGCGGUCUCAAGAAGGAGUUCCAGGAUAUAGCCGCCAAGUCCUACAGGUCCGAGGCACGCACCGUGAGCUUCACCGAGGAGCCGGAGGAAGCGGUGGAGAUGAUCAACAGCUGGGUCAAAAAGGCCACAAACAACCUCAUCGACUCCAUGAUCUCAUGCAGCGACAUCACCGCCGACACCGACCUCGUGCUCGCUAACGCUGUGUACUUCAAGGGCAGCUGGCUCGACCCAUUCAACUUUUGCCACACCUCACCUGGCAAGUUCCACCGGCUCGACGGCAGCCAUGUCGGGCCAAGCUUCAUGUCGAAGCUCAAGACCAUGUACAUCUCGUGUAUGGACGGGUUCAAGGUCCUCAAGCUCCCAUAUGCGAAGCACGGGCAUUCUGCUAGUGAGUAUAUAGAAGGGACUUCCUACAAGAUCCACCGUGGCCCAAGGGCUACCUCCGUCAAGAGCGGCAAUGCCACACAGUUCUCCAUGUUCGUCUUCCUCCCGGACAAGCGCGACGGCAUAUCCACCAUGGUGGACUUGAUCACCUCGGCACCUGGGUACCUCUACAGCGUCCUGCCCACGGAAACCGAACUCGUCAGCCUUGAGGUACCCAAGUUGGAAAUCUCCUUCGACUGGAACCUCGGGAAAGAUCUCCGUCAGCUGGGGCUCACGCUGCCGUUCUCGACGGAAGCAGGCGACCUGCGAGGCAUGUACAAGAAUGACGACGGGCGGCCGACCUUCUUGACCAAGGUUGCACACAAGGCGGUCAUCAAGGUGAACGAGGAAGGGACCGAGGCUGCCGCAGUCAUGACGUCUUUGCGUGGUGGUGGCGGUCCCCCGCCAGACAUGGUCAAGUUCGUCGCCGACCAUCCAUUCACCUUCAUGAUCAUGGAGGAGCGGUCAGGGGUGAUCGUGUUCGCGGGCCAUGUCCUCGAUCCUACCUGCAAGUGAUCACCGUCGACACUCAAGAAACUCCAUGCGUUAGGAUAUUUUGCCUUGUGGAAUAGUGGUCUUCGAUCUUAUUAGCUGCUCAUAUUACUCGAGCUUAUUUGAGAUAUUAUUGGCACUACUCAUUAUUAGAUUGCACAUGUAUGCAUGCUUGCCCC